AUGCCGCCGCCCGCGCCGCCCACCGUGCUGGUGCCGUCGGAGCGCGCCGUGGUGCUGCUGUCGUGCGUGCUGUCCGCGCUGGGCUCGGGGCUGCUGGUGGCCACGCACGCCCUGUGGCCGGACCUGCGCAGCCGGGCGCGGCGCCUGCUGCUCUUCCUGUCGCUGGCCGACCUGCUGUCCGCCGCCUCCUACUUCUACGGGGUGCUGCGGGACUUCCCGGGGCCCUCGUGGGACUGCGUGCUGCAGGGCGCGCUCUCCACCUUCGCCAACACCAGCUCCUUCUUCUGGACCGUGGCCAUCGCGCUCUACCUGUACCUCAGCAUCGUCCGCACCCCGCGCGCGCCCCGCGCCGGCCGCCUGCUCCUGGCCUUCCACGUCGUCAGCUGGGGGGUCCCCCUGGCCAUCACCGUGGCCGCCGUCGCCCUGAAGAAGAUCGGCUACGAUGCCUCGGACGUGUCCGUCGGCUGGUGCUGGAUCGACCUGGAGGCGGAGGACCGUGUCCUGUGGAUGCUGCUGACCGGGAAGCUGUGGGAGCUGCUGGCCUACGUCACGCUGCCCGUGCUCUACCUCCUCAUCCGGAAGCACAUCAACAGGGCGCACCAGGCGCUGUCCGAGUACCGGCCCAUCCUGUCCGAGGCGCACCGGCUGCAGCACCACAGCUCCAUGGCGGACAAGAAGCUGGUGCUCAUCCCGGUCAUCUUCAUCUGCCUCCGCGUCUGGAGCACCGUGCGCUUUGUGCUGACCCUGUGCGGCUCCCCGGCCGUGCGGGCCCCGGUGCUGGUCGUUCUGCACGGGAUCGGGAACACGUUUCAGGGAGGUGCCAACUGCAUCAUGUUCGUGCUCUGCACCCGCGCCGUCCGCACCCGGCUCUUCUCCCUCUGCUGCUGCCGGUCCCCGCCGCCCGCCGAGAGCCCGGCCGCGCCCAAGGCCUCUGCGGCCUCCAGGACGGGGGACUCGGGGACCCGGGGGGACCCCCGCGAACUUCCGCACACCUGA